AUGACAUACAGAAGAACAAUCCUACGUAUCAGGUUCCUAAUAUUAUUAGCUAUAAUUUGCUUCAUUUUACAAAUGUGUCUAACAAAAUUAUUCUUCAAUUCAAACAAAGAAAAAAUCGUUACUGAUCAUUAUAAGAAUAAUAAUAAUAAUAAUAAUAAUAAUAAUAAUAAUAAUAAUAACGACGAUGGUAAUAAGAAAGGCCAACACCAUAGUCAUUUAUUCCCGCAAGAAAACGAUAUAGUCAAUUAUCCUAAAUUAGGCAAAACCAAUAAUACGUUUGUUUCCGGAGUUUAUUAUUCUAGCUGGUCCCCAUAUAAACCGAGAUAUCAUUUCCCACAUGAUAUUGAUUUAACCAAAAUAACACAUGUUUAUUAUUCUUUCUUUUUAGUUAAUGGAGCCACGGGGGAUGUUACCUGUUCAGACGAAUGGUCUGACCUUAAAAUGGAUUUGUAUAAACCUUUGAGUUUAAAAUUAAAUACUUUGCAUCAAAAUGAUAAGGUCCUCCAUGACAAAAACAAGACUAGAUUAAACGAAACGAUAGAAAAGAUGAAGAAACAAUUACCAUUGGGUUGUGUUGGUGAACUAUUCUAUUUAAAGAAAUUUCAAAACUUUAAAUUGAUUAUGUCCAUUGGUGGUUGGUCCAAUAGAGAGCAUUUCCCUUCCAUGGUUAGAGAUGAUAAUAAAUUGAAUCAAUUCAUUGAAUCAAGUGUGGAACAAAUGUUUAAAUAUGGAUUUGAUGGGAUUGAUUUAGAUUGGGAAUUCCCAGAAGAUGAUGGGUUUGAACCUGGUAAAUAUCUUGAAAUUGUUCAAAGAUUAAGAAAAAGAAUGGAUAAAUUAGAACAUGAUAUUUUCCAAAAAUCAAAAAUAUCUCCUCACGAUUAUGAUCAUGAUUAUCAUCAUCCCAAAUUCGAAUUAUCUGUUGCGACACCAGCAUUCAUUGAGAAAUUGAAUAUCUUACCUAUAAAGGAAAUGAAUAAAUAUAUUGAUUAUUGGAACAUGAUGACAUAUGAUUAUUAUGGAGAUUGGUCAGAAGAAACAGGUUAUCAUUGUAAUCUUUAUGAAGGUGGGAAUAAUGGUACGAUAAACGCUCAAUACAAACAUGAACACACAAGUUCUAACAAGGGUUUAAAUGCGAAUGAUGCAAUUAAUUAUAUGUUAUAUAACAAUAACGUAUCAUCUAGGAAAUUAGUACUUGGAUUGGCCGCAUAUGGACGAGGUUUCACUAAAGUUAAAGUGAAUAAAAAUGAUGAGCUUUUCAUUAACAAGAAAUUCGACGGGGUAGGCGGUGCAUCAGCUGGGGAACCAGGUAUGUGGUUAUAUAAUCAAUUGCCUAUUAAAAACUCGAAAGAAAUGUUUGACCCAAAUUAUGUCAGUGCCUUCUGUUAUGAUCCCAAGACUAAGACAUUUGUUGGUUAUGAUAAUGUUGAUACAAUGAAGGUGAAGGCGAAAUACGUUCAAGAUAGACAUUUGGCAGGAGGAUUUUGGUGGGAAUCAUGUGGAGAUGAUCAUAAACAUCCUGAAAGAUCAUUAUUAAAUGCAUUUACUAAUCAACUUGAGGUCAAACAUUUGAUGAAAUAUGAAGACUCACAUUUAAUUUAUGAGCAACCUGAUACUAUUAAAUAUUAUUUAAAUUAUUUUGGUAAUGACGGGUUUCUAUCACCAUUUUUCAUUCAAAUAAUGUCGGCCAUGUAG